AUGGUUUCAUUGACAGAGCAAUAUGAUGUUCCAAUUUUGCAUUUAUUAGAUAUAAUAUUUAUCGUUCGUGCGCUGACGUCUGCUGUCUUUCGCUUGGGAAGAUCAUAUUCUGGUCAUGACAACAGUCUCUUGGUCCUCAGAUUGAAUUUUCACGAGAAGAAAUGUUUCUCUUCGUCUUUUCUCCUUCUCUGUUAUUGUCUGUUGAAUCACAACGGUGUAAAGAAGAUAUUAGCAAUCGCCGAGAUGCGGCUUUCAUUACAGUGUCAUGUCAUUUUUAUAUCACGUUCAUCUAUCUAUCAUCUAUCUAUUUAUAUAUAUAUAUAUCUAUCUAUCUAUCUAUCUAUCUAUCUAUCGUUGUCUGUUCAUUAUCUAUCUAGAAUCUAUCUAUCGUUGUCUGUUCAUUAUUUAUCUAUCUAUCUAUCUAUGAAAAAUAUAUUUGUUUAUCUAUCUAUCUAUCUAUCUAUCUAUCUAUUUGUAUAUAUGUGCAUGAUUCAACCUUCAUUUUUCUUAAAACAAAGGAUACAGAAAUUUUUUCUUUUUCUUUCUUUCUUUCCGUUUUUUUUUUUUUCUUUCUUUCUUUUCUUCCUUUCAUCCUUUCUUCAUUUGUCUGUCGUCUUUCUUUCUUUCUUCUUUUCUUUCUUUUUUCUUUCUUUCUUUCUUUCUUUUCCCUGCAUGCUUUCUUUUGUCUUCCUUCCUUCUUCUUUCUUCUUUCCUUCUUUUUCUUUCUUCUAUUUAUAUAUAAAACUUUAA